AUGACUGGUGGCAAAUCUGGCGGCAAGGCCUCUGGCUCCAAGAACGCUCAAUCCCGAAGCUCCAAGGCCGGUCUCGCGUUCCCUGUCGGUCGUGUCCACCGUCUCUUGAGAAAGGGUAACUACGCCCAGCGUGUCGGUGCUGGUGCCCCUGUGUACCUCGCUGCCGUUCUCGAGUACCUGGCUGCCGAAAUCUUGGAACUUGCCGGCAAUGCCGCUCGUGACAACAAGAAGACCCGUAUCAUCCCCCGUCAUCUUCAGCUCGCCAUCCGCAACGAUGAGGAAUUGAACAAGCUGCUCGGCCACGUCACAAUCGCCCAAGGUGGUGUCCUGCCCAACAUCCACCAGAACCUGCUCCCAAAGAAGACCGCAAAGGGCAAGAACCCCAGCCAAGAGCUGUAA